GCGGCUUCGGCGGAGGCGGACACGGCGGUGGUGGACAGGUGAAAAUCAUCAAAAUCAUCACCACCGGCGGAGGUGGAGGUGGCGGCGGAUUCGGCGGCGGCUACGGCGGUGGAUACGGUGGCGGUCACGGAGGCUGGUCUAGCGGAGGCGGAGGCGGCGGCUGGAAGCUCGGCGGAGGUAGCAGCGGUUGGUCAAGCGGUGGAGGUGGAGGUGGCUGGAAACUCGGCGGAGGAGGAGGCGGUGGCGGCUGGAAACUCGGCGGUGGUAGCGGAGGUUGGUCCGGCGGUGGUAGCGGCUGGAAGAGCGGCGGCGGUGGCGGAGGCUGGUCCAGCGGCGGCGGCUCUUCGGGCUGGUGGUGAUCUUCUCUAUAGUACAAAUUCGACUUAAUAUAUUUUAACAUAUCAACAUA